AUGGCCCCGUCGACCCACUCCAGCCCAACAACGGACCCAUUCGCAGCCAUCUACAAGGCCCGGCCGGGCGAACUGCCCUCAUCCCUGUCGAUCGACAGCUACCAUAUCAAGCGAGCCGAACAUGCGAAAGCUACCGACCCAUCCGCCGACCUCUCGCCCCCGUCCACUCCGACUCAGAAAUCAGCCCAGCUAGACCUGAAGCAAAGACAGAACGUCUUCUCGCCCUCUCUCGCCGGCGAAAGGGACAGAGGAGUGCGCAAGCGGAUGCUCAGCAAUCCCGAGAGCCUGCUCCUUGCUUCGCCCUCAAUAGCCUCCUCUUCAGCACCCUCAAUGCCGUCAACUUCGAAGAGCAUGGCGGUCGAAGUGGACGAUACCAUGAUCAGAGAUACCCAAGAAGAAGAAGGUGAUCCAGAAGAAAACAACGGUCGGUUUCGGGGGGAGCCGACGCAAUCGGACCCCUUUGCCGCUCCGUUCUCCACCCCACCUCGUCGAGGCGGGAUCUUCUUUUCUCCCCCGAGGAGCUUGGACACGCUUACCGCCAAGCGAACCCGAUCCGAAGACCUGACUCGCACCAUCCAUCGUGUUCGACCGAAGGACGAGACGGAGACCAUGCUGAGCGCGGACAGCCACCUUCGCUUCUCGUCCGCCUUCUCGCGGGCGGUCAUCCGCGGCGAUAUGUGUCUUGAUCUCGACAACCAAGAGCUCCACACGAUCCCAGACCUUACCAAGCUUCUGGAGGAGCAAAAAGCGGUGGUUGGACGUAUGCAGGACAAGGCGAAAGUGACGGCGAUGAUCGAAAAGCUGGUGAAUCCGGGGGGGAUGAGCGGUGGCGGGGGGGCUCGACAGCCGAUCACGCGGGCAAAGUCGGCGCCAUUGGUGUCGUUUUCACCACACGCGACGGCCUCGUUGUUCCUCUCGAACAACCAGCUGACCUCGAGCGCGUUCGCCCAGCUCGGCCGGAUCUGCUAUUUCCAAGGCCUGCAGAAUCUCAGUCUCCGCUCGAACCAGCUCACCGAACUGCCGUCCGAGAUCGGCAAUCUGCGGAGCUUGAGGGUCCUCAACCUGGCGUACAACCGGCUCGAGUUCCUGCCCGCCUCGAUCCUCCAACUCGUCGAUUGCAAGCUGUUCCUGAACGGAAAUCCCUGGCUCAAGCCCCCCUCUUCAUCCGUCCCCCCUCUCGUCGCCGCCUCUGUUGCUCCGAACAUGAUCAUGGCGGCGGACGACCGUCAGUUCCGAUGGUUCUCGCAGUCCCGGGGCGUCUUUUACUUUGCCCCGCCCGCCAGGACGCUUGUCCCAGUGGACGAUAAGUUGCCGUCCCCGCUGCCCAGCUUGCUCGAAGCCUGUAUCCGGAAGAUGUGCAUAACCAAGGAUCUCGAGGGCGAAGAGGAGAGCCUGAUUGGGGACGACGACGGCCUCCAACACGACCUCUUCAGGCCGUCUUCGCCCACUCAUGACUCCCACACCCCUCGCCAUCAGGCUCCGGAUCCGGCAGCGCUCCUGCCCGUCCAGCUCCAGAAGAUCCUCGCAGACCCGGGCGCAUACUUCUAUCGCUGCGACUUGUGCAUCUCCAGACUGGCCUUGAAGCCCGGCGCACUUCCCCAGACCCGGCCCCAUCCAAGACACGCUUUCCAGUUCAGAGCUAUCGACCAACACGCCGGCCUCGUGCCCCUCAACCAAUCCCAACCUGCUGAUCCUCAUCCGAACACCCCAAAUCAAAAGAUCGAGCUCGAUCAUAAUAACCUCAUCCCCAUUCGUUGGAACAUCUGUAGUCUUAACUGCUGCCAUGAGCACCUCAUUAAUAUAUAA